UGCCCAUUGCUCUCCGCCUCCGCCUGAUUGUGGGGUCCAGGCACGUGCCACUUCCGAGAAUGGCAAUCACGACGUCACGUUGCGAUGAGUUUCUUACACCUCCACACAAUACCAGUCUCGCUGUCUACUUAGGUCGAGCACUCAACAUCCGCAAUACUGGAUAGCAGGGUCACUACAAAGAUGGUCCUUGAAAACGCUACUGCCGACGACGCACAUCUUUCUCCCGAACCAUUCGUGUCCAACGACCCGCAGUAUGCGUCUGGGUCAGAUUUUGACGAGGGCAGAACUCCGGAGACCACUAUUAUCCCUGGUCGGAUACGAAUCGAUCAACGUGAUGCUCCUCCCAUCUUCUUGAAGUACAAAAGCCUCCCGCAGUCUCUUGUGGGACGGUACAGUCCAGAGAGGCUCGGUAACACUCUGUCGAAGAGCUGUCAGGAAAUGGCCAACAGGAUCCAUCGACCAUUGAGGGAGGAUGAGAUUGCCGCACAAUCCUUCUACAUCCUCCAAGCAAGUCGCACAUCUUCGUACGGACUUCCGAUAGGCUUCGCUUUCGGUGUGGCGCAAGCAUACCGUACUCGUAAGGAAUACCGAUUCCCGUUAUGGUCGCCGCUCAAGGAGGGUAGCUGGUUCAACAAAGACGUCUUUCUCUUCUUCCGUGGUUUCCAAGCGAGGGUGCUAUGGCAAGCGGCGCGUUUCAGUGCAUACAGUACCGUUGGCAUGGCUAUUGGGGCCAUCUUCUUUAGCAGCUACGGAGCCACCGUAGCCGCUGUAGGGUUUCUCCGAGAUCCGCGUCUGAAAGACAUGAAUGAGAUCUUGGCAGCGCAAAGGAAAGCCAGAGAAGCGAGAACACCGAACAGGCAGGAAGAAGCUCCGGGUGCUAGACAGGGUUGGGAGACGCAUGAUAUGGCAAGGCAGAGAAGGAGCGUACAAGAUCUGGAGAGGAGAGGAAGACAGCAUGUCGAGGACGCGUCUCCGACUGGCGGCGUGUUCAGCGAGGAAAACAUGUAUCCGGCUGAGCAGCAGGGCUUCAUGAGCGAGCAGGAAGUGCAGCACGAAGCAGAUGCCAGAGUCCAAAGGGCGAAAGAGCGGGCAGACGCGUCUGCUACAGCGGCUGGUCGAACAACGAACGAUGACACAUCGCAGUCUUCGCGUGCGUCCAGAGAGUCGCAGACGAAGCAAUCGGGGAGCGCGUGGGACCGAUUAAGGCGCGAAGCUGCUUCAGGCCAGGCAAACGUGUCGACGAUAGGCAGCUUGCCGUCGGAGUCUGCGGGUGCGAGGUCUUCUGCAAGAGGAAGCGAAAGCUCUUCGCUUGGGGACAGCUUCAGCUUCUCAUCCAGCGAUGCGGAAAGGCAGCUGGCGAAAUCGGAGGCACAGAAGAGCUUUGAUGCGAGGCUAGCGCGCGAACGGGAGGGCAAAGACUUCGACGACACCGGCGCAAGAGGUUGGAAGUAGCAUGGUAGGCGCGUCUACACCCUCUUAGCUUUGUUUCUAGGCCUGCGCGCGGUCCUCAGCUCGGCAGCGUGCUAAUCUGUGCCUUCCUCAUCCGACUUCUGGCUGCGGCCAUUAAGCACGUGCACAUUGCCGAGCUCGAAAGGCACCAAACUUUGGCUUUCCACCUUGCAGCAACGAACACUGGAUCUCACGAAGCAAUCUACGACCAGGCUGAGCCCAGCCAACCUUCACGUCAGGACAGCAAGAUCACUACACUCAAGCUCAGUGAAUUCAUGCUCCCAAACCCAACAAAGCGACGU